CGCUGAAUGUGAAUAGCUGCAAAAACUGCAACUUCGACUGCACCCAUUCAGCAUUUUGCUGCCAAUUGCUCAAGACUCCAGCAGCCAAUGACGCACAUUAUCGCGUACAAGGCCAACGUGGUACAUUCCGUGGCUCUCGGCAAGCUGCAAGUGCUUCAGCCUGGACUCGUAGGCGUCAACGAACACGGCAAGAUCGUGUUUGUGCUGGACUUGAGCCAGUCGCCAGUCGACACGUGCCACUUCGACGAGCUCGUGGACUUGGGCGAGCAGCUGCUGCUUCCUGGCUUCAUCGACGGCCACGCACACGCUCCCCAGUACUCGUUUAUCGGCGUGGGAAUGCACCUACCGCUGCUUCAAUGGCUAGAGACGUACACGUUCCCAUACGAGUCAAAGUUCCAGAAUCUGGGCUACGCUAAAGCUGUGUACGAGAAGGCAGUGCGACGGCAUUUGAAUAAUGGCACAACCACGUGUUCGUACUUUGCUACGGUGCAUCUGGAAGGGUGUAAGGUGCUGACGGAUAUAAUAGAGCAAGUGGGGCAACGGGGAUACGUGGGGAAGGUCAAUAUGGACCGAAAUGGGUCUUCCGGACUGCAAGAAGACACGCAAACGUCUAUUGAAGACACGAGAGAGUUUGUGCAAUACGUACAGAGUAAACGAAACGAAUUAUUGACUCCAGUUAUCACGCCGAGGUUCGUUCCGAGCUGCACGUCGAAGCUGAUGAAAGCACUGGCCGAGAUCUCGAGGGAGCAUACACCAAAACUACCAGUACAGUCACAUCUGGGGGAGAAUCGAGACGAGAUCAGCUGGGUGAAGAGUCUACAUCCAGAGAGUGAGACCUACACGGGAGUGUAUGACGAUCAUGGACUGCUACAUGAGCGAUCGUACAUGGCUCACUGUAUCUGGUGCAGUAAAAAUGAACGAGAGUUGCUACGUGAGAAGCAGACGGCGGUGAUCCACUGUCCUAAUUCCAAUUUCUCACUCUCCAGUGGAGUGUUGAACGUACGUCGACUACUGAAUGAAGGCAUUAAGGUCGGAUUGGGCACUGACGUGUCAGGGGGAUACUCUCCGUCCAUGCUGGAUGCCAUUCGCCAAGCUGUCAUCGCUUCCAAGCUCGUUUCUAUCGGUAACGGCUCUGGGGGUGAAGACACUGAUGAACUGCAGCACGAGCCACUCUCUUUUGCUGAAGCUUUUCAUCUUGCUACCGUCGGGAGCGCAGAAGCGCUGGGGCUUAGUGAUAAAGUAGGCAACUUUAUGGUCGGCAAGGACUUCGACGCGCUUGUUAUUGACCCAUACGUUGCCAACAGCCCCAUCGACGAGGCUCACGACCCAGUCGAAGGUGCGGAUGUGUUGCGUACGUUCCAGAAGUUCCUGUUCCUUGGCGAUGACCGUAACAUCGUCUCCAUCUUCGUGGGCGGACGGCAAGUUAAGAGUGCAGGGCUUAAACCUAAGGACGUCGACGUCACCAGCUCCCCACUGACUCCUGGCAGUGUACACCCCACUAUCCAGCCUCUGUCUUUGACAGGUUAGAUACAGCAUACUUCAUAAUGCACGUACUCAGGUUAAACCGGGCUAACAUACUUUAUUAUCCCGCAUA